AUGUGGUACCUUUUCAAGGUGAUGUCUUUCAUCCUAAUUCUUAGAACUACUCAUGGUGUCUUUAGAAAACAAAGAUCUGUGAACCCUGAAGCAAAUAUGAAUAUUAGUCAAAUUAUUUCCUACUGGGGCUACCCAGAUGAAGAGUAUGAUAUUACAACUGAAGACGGUUAUAUCCUUGGCCUUUAUAGAAUUCCCUAUGGGAAGACAAACAGUGAAAACAAUUCAGUACAGAGACUUGUUGUAUACUUGCAACAUGGUUUGCUCACAUCUGCCAGCAGCUGGAUUUCCAAUCUUCCUAAUAACAGCCUAGGCUUCCUUCUGGCAGAUGCUGGUUAUGAUGUGUGGAUGGGGAACAGCAGAGGGACGACCUGGUCCCGAAAACACGUGUACCUAAAAACAAACUCCAAGGAAUUCUGGGCUUUCAGCUUUGAUGAGAUGGCUAAAUAUGACCUUCCAGCCUCCAUUGAUUUCAUUGUGAAGCAAACCCAACAAGAGCAAAUAUUUUAUGUAGGCCAUUCACAAGGCACUACCAUUGCUUUCAUAACAUUUUCCACAAUACCAAAGAUAGCCGAUAGAAUCAAAGUAUUUUUUGCCUUAGCCCCAGUUUUUUCCAUUAAAUACUCAAAAAGCCCUUUAAUUAAAAUGGCAUACAACUGGAAGUCACUGAUCAAGCUUUUUUCUGGCAGCAAAGAGUUCUUACCUAAUACCUCCUUUAAAAGAUUUGUUGGCUCAAAGCUGUGUCCACUGAAGAUUUUUGGUAAGAUUUGUCAUGAUGUCUUGUUUAUGAUAAGUGGAUAUGACCUAAAGAACUUAAAUACGAGUCGUGUGGAUGUGUACAUGUCACAAAACCCAGCAGGAACAUCUGUUCAAAAUAUGCUCCACUGGAGUCAGCUUUUUAAUUCUAGUCACUUGAAAGCUUUCGACUGGGGCAGUCCUGAUCUGAACUUGGUUCAUUUUAAUCAGACAACUUCUCCAUUGUACAAUGUGGCAAACAUGAAUGUGCCAACUGCAACUUGGAGUGGUGAAAGUGACUUGUUGGCUGAUCCUGAAGAUGUUAAAAUUUUACUUUCUGAAAUCACAAAUCAUAUUUACCAUAAAACUAUUUCUUACUAUAAUCAUUUAGACUUUUUGUUUGGAUUAGAUGUAUAUCAUCAAGUUUACAGUGAGAUCAUUGAUAUUAUCCAAGGCAACCCAUAA